AUGAAUGUAAUAAUAAUAAUUGGAUUGAAAAUUGGAUAUAAGGCCAGGAGAAUCGAAAGCACGACUGUGAUGGUUUUGUUAGAGUCAAUACCAGUAAAUAGCAGAAAUGUAGAGAAGCAAUAUGGCGCCACCAAGAAUACGAUCGGACAAGCAGCCUGUAAUAGCAAAAAGAGAAACAUUUGA